AUGGGAGAACGGUCGGCCUCGCGACCGCCGCCUCGCAAUCAGCAGCCGCCCCAAAGAACCAAGGAAGGCAGGCCGGGAGAUCGACGAGCGGAGAGUGUGCCGGUACGAUCAGUCCAUUCCAGGCUCGGUCCAUAUAUCGCGCGCCGAUCCGCGAGAGAGCGACUGGGAGAAAGAGAGCCCAUUCGCGUACCGGUGGGACCGCCGAAUCAAGAAGCUGUCCGAGAAAGGGCUCGAAGAACUAGGACUCGGGCGCGACGGUCCGAGCGGCCUAGACGUAACAAUGACCAACCAGCUGAGUCAGAGGCCGGUGAAAGCACGAAGUCCACGGGGAAUCACAAGCAAAAUGAGGAGAAUGUGGCUCAACUGGCCCGAGAGGUGCAAAAUCUGAAGGAACAAAUGGAGGGAAGGACCAAAUCCCCCGGGCGAACGUUGCUCAUUGCUUUGCCCUUCUCCUCCGAGAUCAUGUCUUACAAAGUACCCGGCGACUUCAAGUUCCCGGAACAGGCCACCUUUGACGGAUUCGGCGACCCACGAGAGCAUUUAUUAAGCUACCAGGCCAAGAUGCAAGUCUUAGGAGUUCGAGACCCGGUAAUGUGUCGCGCCUUUUUGCCGACACUAAAAGGACCAGCACAAAGAUGGUUGGUAGCCUUGCCCCCCGGAUCGAUACGCAACUUUGAAGAGCUGGCCGAUUGCUUCAUGAGUCACUACGCGGCCAACAUCAAGCCACAAAAGGAUUUGACCCAUCUAGGGGACGUUUACCAAGAGGAGGGCGAAUCUCUUAAAACUUACUUAGCCCGGUGGCAGAAGGAAAUCCAGUCUGUCGAGGAGGUCGAGGACCAGACCGCCCUCACCUUCUUCAUCGAAUCUUUACGGUCCGGGCAAUUAUAUCGCGACCUAUGUGACAAUCGACCCGCCACCUACGCAGAAGCCAUACAUAUGGCCAAUAAAAGAGCUAACACGGAGCAGGCCAUGAAGCACAAGCGACAGCGCGAGGUCGGAGGUUUUGCCAGCGGAAAGAGAACCCGCGCAGAGACUAAGGAAAGACGCCCGGAAGCACCUAGGCGACCUGAAGCCAGGCGCCCAUACGACUGGCUCGUCGUCCAUCCCUAUAGGAAGACUCCCCAACAUCCGGUGCACGAGGUACAAGCAGUCGCGCCUCCUUCACCUCCCCCAAUUGAGGAGCGCGCGGCGAACGAAGAACCAGGUAAGAUAUCUAAGUACUAUUGUUAUCACAAAUCUUACACUCACAGCACGGAAGAGUGCUAUUACUUGAAGAAAAUCAUGAAGGAGAUCAUCUAG